UUUCUUCAAAUGAUAAUGACGACCUUUGCCAUUACUGCUACGAUGGAGGGGACUUGUUGUGUUGUGAUGGAUGUCCAAGGGCUUUUCACCCACAUUGUCUUUUUCUGUCAGUGUCAGACAUCCCUUGUGGCACCUGCUGGUCGAGUUGCAGGAGUUGAUCCUAUUGAACAGAUAACCAAGCGAUGCAUUCGAAUUGUAAAAUCUCCUGAGGCUCAAUUUGGUGGAUGUGUCUUGUGCAGAAGUCACGACUUCUCCAAAAUAAAAUUUGGUCCUCGCACUGUUAUUCUUUGUGAUCAGUGUGAGAAGGAAUUUCAUGUUGGCUGUUUGAAGGAUCACAACAUGGAUGACCUUAAGGAGUUGCCAGAAGGAAAUUGGUUUUGCUGUUCAAACUGCAACAGAAUUCAUUCUGCUUUGCAGAAGUUGGUUGUUCAUGGGGAAGAAAGGCUUCCGGAACCAUCUUUAAAUGCUUUAAAGAAGAAACAUGAAGAAAACGGGUCAGAGAGUGUGGCGGACCUUGAAAUAAGCUGGAGGGUUCUCAGUGGAAAGAUGUCUGCUUCUACUGAGACUAGAGUGUUACUUAACGAGGCUAUAGAUAUCUUUCAUGAACGGUUUGACCCCAUUAUUGAUCCUUCAAUUAAGUCUGGUAACAGUACACGGGACCUCAUCCCUGCAAUGACUUAUGGAAGAAACUUCAAGGGCCAGGAACUUGGUGGAAUGUAUUGUGCUGUAUUAAUGGUCAACCAUGUUGUUGUCUCUGCUGGAAUCUUUAGGAUUUUGGGGCAGGAACUGGCAGAACUACCUUUGGUCGCUACAAGGUCCAGUAGCCAAGGACAGGGUUACUUCGGGUUGUUAUUCUCUUGCAUUGAGAAGCUUGUUGGCUUUCUCACUGUGAAGAACCUCGUGCUUCCUGCUGCAGAAGAAGCUGAAUCUAUCUGGUUAAAUAAGUUUGGUUUCAGCAAGCUAAGCCCAGAAGAGCUCUUCGAGUAUAGAAAAACUUAUCAGAUGAUGAUAUUUCAAGGGACAUCCAUGCUGAGGAAACCAGUCCCAAGAUGCCGAAUUAUUGACAAAUCUAAGAAUGCUUGAAGUAUGGGUUUAUUUGGGGUUUCUUUUGUGCAGCAUUUUAAAAUGUACAGGACAUCUUUUUUUUACAGGAAGCAGGCAUGAUAGCUGAAAAUUUCAGCCUGUUAUAAUUUACCCGUCGUUUCAGUAAAAUACAAAGAGCAAGCAAAGCAGGAGGUUUUUGA